UUUACUGGGUGUGGUUUUCAGACAGAGUUCCGUUAACAGGAAAUCAGGCUUUAGAUUCACUCAUUGCGGACCAACAUAACUGACGAAAUUAAAGGAUUUUUAUAUUUAAAAGAAAGUCUCACAGGAGAACUCUAAGAUUAGUUGUUUGCUGUUGUGACGGUCGGAUUCCUGCCCCUGUAGUUUAUCUGAUGGAAAAAAGUUUUUUUUGAAACUUUCCAUUCAAUCGCUACAUUUCUGCUAUCUGUGACCAGAGACAAACAGGACUGAAAAUGCCGAAAACGAUCAGUGUACGUGUUACCACCAUGGAUGCAGAGCUGGAGUUUGCCAUCCAGCCAAACACAACAGGCAAACAGCUCUUUGACCAGGUGGUAAAGACUAUUGGCCUCAGAGAAAUAUGGUUCUUCGGGCUGCAGUACCAGGACACCAAGGGCUUCUCCACAUGGCUAAAGCUCAACAAGAAGGUGACAGCCCAGGAUGUUCGGAAGGAGACCCCUCUGCUCUUCAAGUUCCGGGCCAAGUUCUACCCCGAAGACGUGUCGGAGGAACUGAUCCAGGAGGCCACGCAAAGGCUGUUCUUCCUGCAGGUGAAGGAGGGGAUCCUCAACGAUGACAUCUACUGUCCACCUGAGACGGCCGUGCUGCUGGCCUCCUACGCCGUCCAGGCCAAAUACGGGGACUACAACAAGGACGCCCACACGACCGGAUACCUGUCCAACGACAAGCUGCUUCCCCAGAGAGUCCUGGAGCAGCACAAACUGAAUAAGGAGCAGUGGGAGGAGAGGAUCCAGGUUUGGCAUGAGGAGCAUAAAGGCAUGCUCAGAGAGGACUCUAUGAUGGAGUACCUCAAGAUCGCUCAAGACCUUGAGAUGUAUGGCGUCAACUACUUCAGCAUCAAGAACAAGAAAGGAUCAGAGCUUUGGCUGGGAGUGGAUGCGCUGGGACUCAAUAUCUAUGAACAGAGUGACAAGAUGACACCUAAAAUUGGAUUCCCUUGGAGUGAGAUUAGAAAUAUUUCCUUCAACGACAAGAAGUUUGUCAUAAAACCAAUCGACAAGAAAGCGCCGGACUUUGUGUUCUAUGCGCCGCGUCUGCGCAUCAACAAACGCAUCCUGGCGCUGUGCAUGGGCAACCACGAGCUGUACAUGCGCCGGCGUAAGCCCGACACCAUCGAGGUCCAGCAGAUGAAGGCCCAGGCCCGCGAGGAGAAGAACCACAAGAAGAUGGAGAGGGCACUGCUGGAGAACGAGAAAAAGAAGAGGGAAAUCGCAGAGAAGGAAAAGGAGAAGAUUGAGAAGGAAAAGAUUGAGCUAAUGGACAGACUGAAGCAGAUAGAAGAGCAGACAAAAAAAGCUCAGCAAGAACUGGAGGAGCAGACCAAGCGUGCUCUGGAGCUGGAGCAGGAGCGUAAGAGCGCUCAGGAGGAGGCGGAGCGGCUGGAGAAGGAGCGCAGGAUGGCGGAGGAGGCCAAAACGGCUCUGCUGCAGCAGUCAGAGAACCAGAUGAAGAACCAGGAGCACCUGGCCACCGAGCUUGCCGACCUGACCUCCAAAAUUUCCCUCCUGGAGGACGCCAAGAAAAAGAAAGAUGAAGAAGCUGAAGAGUGGCAGAAAAAGGCCAUUAUGGUGCAGGAGGACCUGGAGAAGACCAAAGACGAGCUGAAGAACAAGGUGAUGGCGUCCCACGUGCCCGAGCCGGUGCAGCCGGAGAACGAGCACGACGAGAACGAUGAGAGCAGCGCCGAGGCCAGCGCCGAGCUCACGUCCGCCGCCGGGUACAAGGACCGCAGCGAGGAGGAGCGCAUGACCGAGGCCGAGAAGAACGAGCGAGUGCAGAAGCACCUGCUGGCUCUAAGCUCAGAGCUCGCCAACGCUCGUGACGAAACCAAGAAAACCCAGAACGACAUGAUCCACGCCGAGAACGUCCGGGCGGGACGGGACAAGUACAAGACCCUGCGGCAGAUCCGGUCAGGCAACACCAAGCAGCGCAUCGACGAGUUUGAGUGCAUGUGAUCGAAUUUCAACCCCGAGACACUGCUGGCAGGGGAGCCACGACCAGGCCUUUCCGUUUCACUGCAAACCUGCCUUAACAUGCUACCGUUCCUUCUCCAAACAGGGUCAAUGUAAGAUAUCCUAGUCCCAGUCAAUAAACUUAAACAGUUCCUUGUGAAUCUGGAGAACUGCAUUGUUAGGUUUUUAGAGUUAUAUUAAAUUCUAAUUUUUUUGGGGGGGGG